GGCAGGCAAGCACAAAGUGGACAAGCACAAAGCAGGCAAGCACAAAGAGGGCAACACAAAGAGGGCAAGCACAAAGAGGGCAAGCACAAAGAGGCCAAGCACAAAGCAGGCAAGCACAAAGCAGACAAGCACAAAGAGGCCAAGCACAAAGCAGGCAAGCACAAAGCAGGCAAGCACAAAGCAGGUGGGCAAGCACAAGGUGGGCAAACACAAGGCAGGCAAGCACAUGAUGGGCAAGUACAAGCUGGCAAGCACAAG